AUGAGCACGGGACUACUUACCGGAAGAAACUUGUCUUUCAAUGAUGAGGAUGCGGAAGGAACCGAACAACCUCAUAACGACGCACUGGUAAUAUUUGUCCUUAUGAAUAAUAUUCAAGUUAAACAUGUUUUGGUUGAUCCAGGUAGCUCAACCAACAUUAUUCGAUCGAGGGUAGUAGAACAACUUGUCCUACAAGACCAUAUUGUGCCCGCAGCCCGAGUACUUAACGGUUUCAACAUGGCAAGCAAAACUACUAAAGGUAAGAUUGUUUUGCCAGUGAACGUGGCCGGGACUAUCCAAGAAACAAAGUUCCAUGUGAUCGAGGGUGACAUGAUAUACAUUUCCCUGCUCGGAAGGCCUUGGAUCCAUAACAUGAAGGCGGUACCCUCGACGCUUCACCAAGUUAUGAAGUUCCUAACAUCUGAAGGAGUCAGAACAGUGUACGAGGAACAACAUGAUGCCAAGGAGAUGUUUGCAAUUAAUGAAGUAAUACCAGUGUCAGCACUUUCUUCAACAAAGGGAUCAGACUUAAAGUGA